AUGGCCGAUGAUGAGACUGACUUGGAUGAGUUCGUGCCUGUCGGCCAGGCCGGGUUCGGUCGUGCCUUGGGCGCGGCCGGCCGUAGUUUGGCGGUGGGCGGGCGUGGCGCCCGUGCCCACACUGGUAGGAAGCAGCCCCUGGCCGACGAUGAGGCUGACUUGGAUGAGGUUGUUCUUGGUGCCGAAGAUGCAAGUGUCGGCCAUGGCCGUGGGAAGAAGCGGCCAGGAAGAGGUCGGGGCCAAGGACAGAGCAAGAAGCCCUCUAGGGCAGCGAAGAAGAAUGACGAAGAGGAGGGAGAUAUGAUGGACUGGACCGACGCAUACACAUCGAUUGUUUGUAACUUGUUUGCAGAACAAGUUAAGAAAGGCAAUAGACCAAAUACACAUUUGAACUCUGUAGGCUAUACAGAAGUGUCAAAUAGGUUUUAUCAGAUGACAGGAAUUUAUCUUAGCAAGAUGCAAUUGAAAAACAAGUGGGACAAGUUGAAGAUAAAAUUAUCAGCAUGGAAUAGAUUAAUGAAGAGGCAAACAGGAACAGGUUGGGAUAGAACAAAGGGUGUGAUUGACAUGGACGAUGAGUGGUGGAGGAAGGCAAGAAAGGAUAUCCCAGGAUGCGGCGGGUUCAGGACAAAACCUCUGCAAAAUGUGGAUGAUUUGACCGUUAUGUUUGGUGACAUCAUUAAUGAUGAAACAGAUCAUUGGAACCCUAUGAGCUCGAACCCUAUCAUACCCCAAAAUGAUGACACUCCUAUUGAAGUAGAUCUUGAUGUUGGUGAGAACCUUGAUGGUGGUGGGGAUGACAUUGAGGAUAAUGGAGGUGUUGCUGUGAAUGACAUUGAGGAGGUAUCUCCAUCCAUUGGCAAUGCAAAAAGAAGAUCGAGGGUUCUCAUAGAGAAAGGAAAGAAAGCAAAAACAGGAACCGCACUUGUGAUUCAAGAAAAAAUUAGUGAGAUAGCUGAACAAGCCAAGGCUUUCACAUCAAGAAAGGUUGGCGAAGUUACUGUUGAACAAGUAAUGGAUCUUGUUUUGGAUUGUGGAGCGGGGUAUGGUACCGAUGAGCAUUUUAUUGCUACUGAGUUGUUUGUGAAGAAAGAUCAAAGGGACAUGUUCAUGACACUUCCAACUAAGGACAUUAGAUUCGGUUGGCUUACGAGGAAGUUCAACGUCAAAUACGGGAACUGA